AUGAUGAAGCGGCCCCAGUACGCGUGCCUCUCCGGCAUGCAGGAGGCUAUGACGAUUGAUUCGUUCCAGGGGCAGGAGAACGACAUCGCUAUCGCCAUCAUGACGACCGCGCACCCCUACCCUGGCCCGGGCUUCACAGCUGAGGCCCAGCGCCUCAACGUCAUGCUCACACGGCACAAGUGUGGGCUUGUCAUCGUUGGUGACAUCUAUGUCGCC